CAAGCUCUUUUCUGGACAUGGGCCAAUAGUAGGACCUGGGUGAAACUGAUCGGAAGGAACGCAGAUUCUUAGCUAUUGAAGUAAUAGCUGAUACUGCAGCAUUGCACCCCAGAUCUGUGAGUCUGCACCUGUCUCUUCACUAGGCACUAAGGAGGAACGUCACACUAUUUCAAGCUCUCACCAAGCCAGUGAAGCACCCUUCAAACCAACAUUACUCCCUCUGUAACAAGACACAGGGAUAUUGCACAAUGUGCAUUCUCACACACUCAUGCUCGCCCAGCUGGCUAUUCCCCAUGAUGAAUUGUAGGGUUAUUUUCAGUGCUUUCUCUUGGCGGAAACACCUAGCACUGAUUGGGGAUCAGGUCACAUUGGCACCCGAGAUCAGCACAUCUAGUAUGAGUCUGGGUGAGCCUGGGCUCCUUGGCACUGGGCAAGCUGCUAAGGUUGCUUGUAUAGGACACCAGAUGGAGGGCUGCAGAUCCCUAGUACAACUGACUGUCUGGAAACUGAGAAAAGACCAAUAGGAGGCCUCAACAAACCACUAAACAUAAAUUAUAAAAUUUACAAAUAUGCAUUUGCCAGACACCUUUAUCCAAAGUAACUUACAGUGGUAACGCUUAGCAAUAAGGUUCCAUUUAUUAACAUUAGUUAACAACAUAAGUUAACAUGAUACUAACAAUGAACAAUAUAUUAACCAUUUAUUAACCUUUGUUAAUGUUAAUUUCAGCAUAUAAAUACUGUAUAUAGGCUGUGUCUCGUUUGGAAGGAUGCAUCCUCCGGAGGUCACAUUUGUCAGCCGCAUACGUCAUCGAGGCUGUCUCUUUUCAGAAAAGCGAGUAGGAUACUUCAAAUGCAGCCUUCAAAUGCGACCUUCUUUCAUGGGAAUUCGGAGGAUGCAUGAGGUGUAUCCUUCGUGGGCACUCACAACCUACAAUUCUUUGCUUCAAUGGAAAUGUCUAAAAAAAAAUACGCCAAUUUGCCUGUAAAUAUGAUGUUCAAAUGCAAGGAAUGUUAAUUCCCAAGUUGAAGUACCUCAGUAGAUGGGUGCAGAGUAUAUAAUAUGUAUAAUUAUAUUAAUAUAUAAUUAAAAUAAAGUAUUAGACUAAAAUUACACAUGUAAAAUCUAUUUUCUUUUCUCUUUCCAUCAUUACAACUCUCCUAAAGUGUACCUCAUACAUUCCCUUCCAGAGGGACUUUGUUCCCUUCUCACUCAAAGCGCUCACGCUUGUUAAAGAGUGGCGUGCUGUCAUAGCAACCAUGUUAUUUUCCAUUUCCGUUUGUCCUAUGAAGGCCGUUUCGUUUAAACGAGGCUUGUUUAAAGGAGGACACUCGGUAUACUGCAGCCUUCAAAGGAUACAUCCUACCUAGCAUGCAGCCUUCCAAACGAGACACAGCCAUACACUCACUGAGCACUUUAUUAGGAACACCUGUACACCUACUUAUUCAUGCAAUUAUUUAAUCAGCCAACUGUGUGGCAGCAGUGCAAUACAUAAAAUCAUUCAGAUACAGGUCAACAGCUUCAGUUAAUGUUCACAUAAACCAUCAGAAUGGAGUAAAAAAAUUGAUCUCAGUGAUUUCAACCCCGUGGCAUGAUUGUUGGUGCCGGAUGGGCUGGUUUGAGUAUUUCUGUAACUGCUGAUCUCCUGGGAUUUUCACACACAACAUUCUCUAAAGUUUACUCUGAAUGGUGCCAAAAACAAAAAAACUUCCAGUGAGCAGCAGUUCUGUGGAAGGAAAUGCCUUGUUGAUCAGAGAGGUCACUGGAGAAUGGCCAGACUGACAGAAAGGCUACAGUAACUCAGAUAACCACUCUGCACAAUUGUAGUGAGCAGAAUAGCAUCUUGGAAUGCACAACACGUUGAACCUUGAGGCGGAUGGGCUAAAACAGCAGAAAAUCACGUUGGGCACUUUAGUAGGACCAUAGUGUUCCUAAUAAAGUUUUCAGUGAGUGUAUAUACAUACAUAUACAGAUAUAUUAAAGGGGCGGGUUUACCCCUUUCUCUUCGGCCUAUUGAUAAGUUGAAUAAUUUCACUAACAAUUGUUAUAAUCAAAAAAUUAAGCAAGAGUUUUAUGGUAUUUAAGUUUUUUUAAAGAAUAAACCUGUCAUGUGUAUUUUGUUGAUUCAUGUCUUUUAUUUUGAAAAGUUUAGUUUCUUUUCCCUUGUCAUGUGAUUUCAUGUUUUCCCUCCAUGUUCAUGUGUCAUGUUUUCCUUGGUUCAUUGUUUAAUUAUCUUGUUAGAGUUCUGUUUGUUCAUUGGUUUAUGUUCUCCCAUGUCUUGUAUUUAAGCCCUCAUGUUUGCAUUGUCUAGUUGCCAAGUAUUGAAUGUGUAUGUGUAUAGUAACAUUGUUUAUAGUCAAGUCAUGUUUAUAGUCAAGUCAUGUUUAUAGUCAAGUUCAUGUUUAUGUUUUAUGUUUCACGUUUGUAGUUAGGGUUAUAGGUUAUCACGUUUGUAAAUAAACUGCACUUGGGUUCUCUACACUUCGUCAUUAUCAUCGUCUUCAUCAUUGCCAGUGCCAGCAUCGUUACAGAAUACUUGACCCGCAAUGAAUCCAGCAGUUUUACUUCUGCGCCUACAUCAGGGGAAUCGUCCCCUGGAGGACUAUGUUGAGGACUUCUGCGGUCUAGCCUGCCAGGUGGACUUUAAUGAGAUUGCCCUCAAAGUCUGUUUUAGAUUUUGACUGAAUGAGUCCAUUUCUUUUAAGAUGCCUGGCGGUCACAGUUCCCUCAGUCUGGCUCAAUAUAUCGACCUCACCCUACAGAUCAUUGGUUCCACGUUCACUGUGGGGGAGGUGGAUGCCGAGCCAGAGUUCCACGACAUGGCCGCCGCCGAGCCAGAGUUCCACGUCAUGGCCGCCAAGCCAGAGUUCCACGUCAUGGCCACCAAACCAGAGUUCCUCAUCAUGGUCGCUGAGCUAGCGCCAUCUUUUGCUCCAUGCCACGUCACAGCAACGCCUCAGCCUGCUCCAUGCCACGUCACAGCAACGCCUCAGCCUGCUCCAUGCCACGUCACAGCCACAACUGAGCAGUUGGACCUGGAGUUGGUUCCCACCCUUAUACACACCCUUAGUUCUCCUGAGCAGGCAAGGGGAACUUUCGGCCCUCCAACCCCGCCUGGACCCUGCGAGCCCUGGACUUCUCCUUGGCCUGUCGGUCCCUCGACAUUGCCUCAGAUCGGAGUUCCCUCGGCUCCACUGCGGUCCUUCAGCCUGUCGGCUUUGCCGGGGUCCCUUGUCCCUCUGGCUCCUCCUUGGUCUGUCGGUCACCUGUCUCUGCUUUGGCUCUCCGAUCCUCUGGCUGCGUCUCAUCCCUCCGAUCCAUCAGCUCCACCAGGGACCUCCUUCCCUACGGCUCCACCUUGGUCCUCAGUCCCACCGGCUCCACCUCAGUCUUCCAAUCCCCCAGCUCCUUCUUGCUCCUCCGAGCCUCCAGCACCGCCUUGGUCCUCCCUGCCAUCGGCUCCACCCUGGCCCUUCGAGUGUUCGGCUAUUUUCCGGGCACAAAGUUCCAUGGCUCUGCCGCUCGAGUCUCUCACGGCUCCGCCUUCCAUGGCUCUGCCCCUCAAGCCUCUCAUGGCUCCACCCCCCACGGACUCUGCCCUGGUCACAUGCCACACGCCUCAAGACACACCACCCCCAGCUCCCUACAGAACUUUGAAUUUAUGAAUCAUGUUGAAUUAUGUCAAGUUUUACGUGUUUUGUUUAUGUGUUGGGGCGUCGGGAGCUGCCCCUUAGUGGGGGGGAUAUGUCAUGUAUUUUGUUGAUUCAUGUCUUUUAUUUUGAAAAGAUUAGUUCCUAUUCCCUUGUCAUGUGAUUUCAUGUUUUCCCUCCAUGUUCAUGUGUCAAGUUUUCAUUGGUUUAUUGUUUAAUUAUCUUGUUAGAGUUCUGUUUGUUCAUUGGUUUAUGUUCUCCCAUGUCUUGUAUUUAAGCCCUCAUGUUUGCAUUGUCUAGUUGCCAAGUAUUGAAUGUGUAUGUGCAUAGUAACGUUGUUUAUAGUCAAGUCAUGUUAUAGUCAAGUUCAUGUUUAUGUUUCACGUUUGUAGUUAGGGUUAUAGGUUAU